AUGGGUAUAAUCAACAGCAAAGGCUUUUUUUCUCAAAGGCAAGUCGAUGAGGCUUGCAGUAAUACAAGUUUGUCAAAAUUACGAUAUGUCGCUGUCGAGAAGCCGAAAUGGAAAGUGUUCAGUAAGAGAGAAAUAAGAGCUAUCCCUGCCUACAACAUGCGAGGAAGAAAGGGGGGAUGUCCGUGUGGUAGCAAUGGACCUUGCAAACUCAAGGUCACACCGAAGGGAGUCACGAUGCAUUACCCGCAAAAGAACCGCGUUGUUAACAAAGUCAAGAUAGUGAGGUCGAAAAAGUUCCCGAUACCAACUUGGAGCCAAAAAAACCAGAAGCUGAAACAGUCGACACUAAAGAAGACGGAGAUGACAGAAGAUCAGACGAGUCCGACGGAAAACGAAAACGCAACCGAAAGCAAAGCGAAGACGAAGACGAAGACUAAGUACGAAAAAAAUAAACCAGUUUACGACGAAGAAAUAGAUGAAGAUGACUAA